GUGAUCAAGUGACUGGAGCCCCCCGAUCGAGAGCACAGCACAGCACUAUUUCUUCCCCCUCGUCACACCGCUCCCGCUCUCAUCACUCCACUCCAUCCCCUCCUCUCUCUCCAUGCACUCACUCUCGUCACUGAGACAGUGAGACUAGCAAGGCUAUCGCCUAGCUACUAGCUAGCUCGUACUGGAGCGAGCACUGUCAGUAAUUGCUCGUUUCAAGGAACCGACCUGUGCCAAUCAAGUAGCAGUGCCAGUACGUCGUACGGUUAGCUCUUAGCUACCUCCUGCGUGUGUGUUCGCGAUGGCGUCGGAGUGGGAAAUGGCCGCCAUGGGGGUGGAGCUCGGCAUGGGAAUGGGCGGCACGUACCACCACAACGCCUCCAGCAUCACCACGGCGCCGACGAGCAGCCACCACAGCGGCGGCGCCGGGUACUCCGCGGCGCACCACCACCAUUACUACGGCAUGCCGCCCGUGGGCGGCGACGCCACGGCCAUGCGCGUGGACGACCUUCUCGAGAAUCUCGACCUCUCCACCGGCGCUGGCGCCCACGAGUUCUUCCCCACCGCGGCUGCUGCCAACAAGGGACACCACCACUCGGGGGGCGCCAUGGUCGGUGAGCCGUCGCCCACGGCCAACUCGUCGGACCACCAGACGUCGCUCCUCUCCUUCGCCGACGAGUUCUACAUACCCAGCGAGGAAGCUGCCGAGCUGGAGUGGCUGUCCAAGUUCGUGGACGACUCCUACUCGGACAUGCCGAAUUACUCGUCGGCCACGCACGCCGCAAUGGCAGCAGCGGCAGCGGCAGCGGCUGCGGCUGCGAACACCGCCGGCACUAGAGCAGGAGGCACCUCGGGCGGGCAGGACAGCUGCGCCACCGCGGCGCCCGGCCGCGGCGCGCGCAGCAAGCGGUCGUCCCGCGCGGCCGCCGCGGCGUGGCACUCCCUCGUGCCGCGCCCGCCAUCGCAGCCGUCCCCGUCAACGUCCUGCUCGUCCUCGGACUUCACGCCGGCGUCGACGAACAACAAGCCGGCACGCCCGAGCAACGGCGGCAGCCGCGGCAGGAAGAGCCCGGGGCCCGCCGGGGAGGUAGUGGCAGUGGGCGUGGAGGGCGGCGUGCGCCGGUGCACGCACUGCGCGUCGGAGACGACGCCGCAGUGGCGGACGGGGCCGCUGGGCCCCAAGACCCUGUGCAACGCGUGCGGCGUGCGGUUCAAGUCCGGGCGGCUGGUGCCCGAGUACCGCCCCGCGUCCAGCCCCACCUUCGUGCUCACGCAGCACUCCAACUCGCACCGCAAGGUCAUGGAGCUGCGCCGCCAGAAGGAGCUCGUCCUCAUCCGCGGAACCCACCGUGACGCUUCGGCGGCAGCGGCGGGAUCCGCCGGGCCGGAGCUCAUGUUCCGUGACUACGGCGUGUGUUGAUUAGCUGCCUGCCCGGCAAGGCAACCGGCACGGAGGAAGCUCUCGCGUCGUGCAUUUGCGUGCAUGGAUCGGAGCUUGCUAGAUCUUUCUGCGAAAUAUUCCAGAUAUUUCCAUUAUUUCUCUUUUUUUUGUUAAUUAUUACUAUUAAAAUUGUUAUUGCCUACCUAGCUCCCCGCCCUGCUUUUUUUUUCUAAGCUCUAUGA